CUCUCUCUCUCUCCAAAGCUUUUGCUCUUUUCUUUCACCUACCCCAGUCUCCGGCCUCCUCUCCUCCUCCAAAUCUUUCCCUUUACUACACCCCUCCCUAAAUCUUCUUCCCCUUCCUCCCUGUACCACCACACCCUCUCUCUACCAUGCUUGCUUCGUCCUCCUCGCCUUGUUUUGCCUUCUCAGGGUGAAGGAAGCGCCCGCCCGGAGGUUAAUUAAUUAGGUUUUGCUGUUGUGUGCUUCUAUCGAUCCAGGAAUCAACGGAGAUGUUUGGGGACUGCCAGGUUCUGUCGUCCAUGGCGGCCAUGGCGGGGGGCUCCUCCUCCGCCGACGCGCUCUUCGCCUCCCCGCUCAUGCAGCCCAACCCUGGCGGCUUCAACAUGGGCAUGGCGCCCUUCCACCACCACCACUUCUCCACCACCUUGAUCCCCAAGGAGGAAGGCGUGAUGAGCAUGGGCAAGGACGACGACAUGGACCUGACCGAGAUGGACAUGGCCGAGCUCAGCGGCGGCUCCGGCAGCGCGCACCUGGACGGCCUCCUCGCCUUCGACGACGACGACCACAAGCCGCACCACAACGAGCCAAACAUGGCGUCAACAGGAGCAGCCAACAACGGCAACAACGCAGCGAACGGCGGUAAGAAGAAGCGUUACCACCGGCACACGGCGCACCAGAUCCAGCAGAUGGAGGCGUUGUUCAAGGAGUGCCCGCACCCGGACGACAAGCAGCGCCUGAAGCUGAGCCAGGAGCUGGGGCUGAAGCCUCGGCAGGUCAAGUUCUGGUUCCAGAACCGGCGCACGCAGAUGAAGGCGCAGCAGGACAGGGCGGACAACGUCAUCCUCCGCGCCGAGAACGAGUCCCUCAAGACGGACAACUUCCGCCUCCAGGCCGCGCUCCGCAACGUCGUCUGCCCCACCUGCGGCCACCCAGGCGCCGUCCUCGCCGACGUCCCCUACGAGGAGCAGACUCUCCGCGUCGAGAACGCCAGGCUCAAAGACGAGCUGGACCGCCUGGCGAGCAUCGCCACGAGGUACGGCGGCGGGCGGCAGCAGCAGCAGCCGGGCGGCGGCAUGUCGUCGCUGCUGGGGUGCAUGUCGGCGAUGUCCGCGCCGAUGCUGAUGCCGCCGCAGCAGCUCGACCUCGACAUGAGCGUCUACUCGCGCCACUUCGCCGACCACCAGCAGCACGGCGGCGGCGCCAUGGCCGACCACCACCUCAUGACCUCCGUGCCGCAGCUGCAGAUGGCCGACCACGGCCACCAACACCCCGGGGUCUCCGCGGUGUCGUCGUACAUGGCGCCCGUGGUGGUCCAGGAGCAGGACAGGCAGCUGGUGCUGGACCUGGCCGCCACGGCCGCCGAACACCUCGCCAGGAUGUGCCGCGCCGGGGACCCGCUCUGGGCGCGCCGCGUGGCUGGCGCCUCUGGGGAGGUCAUGGAUGCCGCUGAGCACGCCAGGGUCUUCAGCUGGCCUGUCGUCGACGCUGGCAACAAACAGCAGCAGCAGGGUGACCUCGCCGCCGCCUCCGCGGCGUUGAGGACCGAGGGGACUCGCGACGGCGCCGUCGUCAUCAUGAACAGCAUCACCCUCGUCGACGCUUUCCUCGACGCCAACAAGUGGAUGGAGCUGUUCCCUUCGAUCGUGUCCAAGGCAAGGACCAUUCAGGUGAUACACAAUGGAGCUGCCUCCGGCCAUCUCGCCAGUGGAUCCCUCAUCCUGAUGCAAGCGGAGGUGCAGUUCCUGUCUCCUCUGGUGCCGGCGAGGGAGGUGGUCUUCUUCCGCUACUGCGUGCACAACGCCGACGAGGGCAGCUGGUCCAUCGUCGACUUCCCCGCCGACGGCUUCCAGGACGACCUUCUCCAGCAGCAGCAGCAGACCAGCGCGGUGGUCCGGUGCCGGCGCCGCCCGUCCGGCUGCAUCAUCCAGGACGCGCCCAAUGGCUACUCUAGGGUUGUGUGGGUGGAGCACAUGGAGGUGGUCGGGGAUGAGAAGCCGCUGCAGCCGGUGUUCAAGGACCAUGUGGCCGGCGGCGCCGCCUUUGGGGCGACCCGCUGGGUCGCCGUCCUCCAGCGCCAGUGCGAGCGCCUUGCCAGCGAGCUCGCCCGCAACAUCGCCGACCAAGGAGUGAUUCGCACCCCUGAGGCGAGGACAAAUAUGAUGAGGCUGUCACAGCGGAUGAUCACCGCCUUCUGUGCUAACAUCAGUGCAUCCGGGAGCCAAUCUUGGACGGCGCUAUCUGAUUCUACGGAGGACACAAUCAGGGUCACAACAAGGAAGAACACUGAGCCUGGGCAGCCUAGUGGUGUCAUCCUCACAGCGGUGUCGACAAGCUGGCUUCCUUUCAGCCAUCAGCAGGUGUUUGAACUUCUUGCAGACGAGCAACAGCGUUGUCAGCUCGAGAUUAUGUCAAACGGAAGCUCUCUUCAAGAGGUGGCACAUAUUGCAAAUGGAUCUCACCCGAGGAACUGCAUUUCUCUUCUUCGCAUAAAUGCUGCAAGCAACUCAUCACAAAAUGUGGAGCUCCUGCUGCAGGAGACCAGCACCCACCCUGAUGGUGGAAGCCUUGUAGUGUUUGCCACCGUGGAUGUUGAUGCCAUCCAGGUGACAAUGAGCGGCGAGGACCCUUCCUACAUCCCUCUCCUCCCCCUGGGCUUUGCAAUCUUCCCAGCCACCAACCCUUCACCUUCAGCAACUAGAGCAAACACAGGCGACGGUGAAAGUACUCCAGGUAACGCAGAUGAGCCCGCCAAUGGCUGCCUCCUCACCGUCGGCAUGCAGGUGCUAGCCAGCGCCGUACCGUCGGCUAAGCUUAACCUCUCGAGUGUCACUGCAAUCAACAGCCAUAUCUGCAACACCAUUCACCAGAUUACAACAGCACUUAAAGGUGCCGGAGCGAGCCGGUCUGAGCCGGUGUCUGCAGGUUCCGAUCAGUAAGCAAGAAAGACUGGGUGGGAACAGAGGGGAGCAAGAACAAAAUGCCAAGUCCAAUAAUUUCGCUACCUGCUAACAUCUCAAUCGUGUCUGUUAGCUCAGCGGCAAGGGAGGAUUUGACAAGAACCCAACCCUAACAUGUUCAACUUCGAAACUCCUCUCUUCCCGCCAUGUGCCUCUCAAAAUGACAAAAAUACCCACAAGUAAGCACUGGGGGCAUUUUGAUCAUUUUGGGAAGGUAAUCUCCAAUUUGGAAGGGUCUUGUCAAGCUCUCACUUGCACCAACCAACUGAAUCAGCCCAGGCAUUUUGGUCCAUCUAGUUCUUGCUGCUCCCCCUCUCUGUUCCCUUGCUCAAAAGUCAGACUGUGAAGGUUAGCUCUGGUAUCUUUUCUUUGAUUUUGUAAUAAUGAGAAUACUUAGUUUGAGCGUGUGCUUUGUGGUAGACUUGUUGAAGACUUAUUAAGCAGAUUGUAGGAGAGAAGAUAAAGGAAAGAGAGGAGGAGUCAAGAGCGAACCAUUUGUGACCCUUCCCACUAGCAAAGGAGGGUCUUGGUUCGGGAAUUGACUUGUUUCCUCUCUGCGCUGCCUUUGCCUUUUCUGUAAACCUUUGGCUUAUGUUUUACUAUUACCGUGUUAAUUUCUCACUCAAUUUUUUUGCUAGUACA